AUGGAUCCUCUUUCUGUAGCAGCUUCAAUCGUAGGCAUAUUGGCCGCUGCCGCAAAAACGUCUUCUGUCUUGACUGAUUCUAUCCGGAAUACUAGAGGUGCGCCAAAGCUUGCCCAUAACGUUCUGGAAGAUGUCAACAGCCUGAGAGCUGUCCUCAGCUCUUUGCAGGAGUAUAUACUUGGCACUGCAAAGUUGCCUCAAGCUCAAGCGUCGCUUAUCCUGGUGGAGCAAGUGGUCGUGACUUUGGGCGAUUGCGUAAAGCUUUUCUCUGAAUUGGAAGAUCUGCUUGGUAGUUCCAACGAGGACAAAACUUUCCGGGCUCUCGAGCGCUUGAAAUGGGCAUUUAAUGACUCAAAGAUCGCUGAGCUUCAAUCGAGAUUGGAGAAAAAUAAGACAUCACUGUUUGGAAUCAGCAAGUCGAUGACAGAUACCGAAACUGCUGUCAAUCGUCUCUGUGGACUAGUCGAGCAGAUCCUAUCAAGCAAUCUGGAUAUGAGUCGCCGGCUUCGUACUCUGGACGAACGAGGAGCAUCUCACGGAUCCACUGCUUUACUAGACCAUUGCGAUGAAGCAAGUCUUACAUUCGAUGAGAUAGCAACACCGGCUCUGGCCAAGCAGCCUCAGACUGUGGAGCGCAGUCAAUUUGGAUUCGCCUUCGAAGAGGAUCUCCUGGAAUCAAGAGUGUAUCAAAAGCCAUCUUUCAAUGACUCAAGAUAUUCCUUUGUCUCCUCUGCGGCUCGAACUACUGCCACAUCUGUCCUAUCCGCAUACAGUUUAUCGGAGAUAUCCAACGUCGCUAUUCUGGCAGUGCCGAUCUACGCAUACGAGAUCCACAAUAGUGGCCGUUACGCUUGGGAAUCGUCAACCACUUCAGGCACGCUCUCCUCUCAAUCGCAACUUAGGGUACCAGCAGCUUCCCAGAACCUAGAGAGAUCUUCCCCCGUGCAAAAGAUUUGGCGAGGACUCUUUGUCUCGCAUAAUCCGCGACGCAAGACAAACCAAUUACAGAGCCCAGAUAAAUCAGAAUAUGUCAUCAUCUGGUAG